AUGUCGGCAAUUCGAAACCUCCUCAAUCCUAUCUUUGGCGAAAAAAAGGAAUCUUCUUCCUCUGGAAAAAAGGGACCUACUUCGAAAUGUUCUUGCAAAGCUGGUGGAGUUUGCACCUGUGGCUCGAACUGUACUUGCUCUGCGGAUAAAGACUGCGGGUACAAGAAUAAGAAGGAGUGCACCUGUGGUGACAGCUGUGAUUGCGGAACCGUCAAGGAUUGCGGAUGUAAAGGAAACUCUGAGGACUGUAAGUGCGGGCCUGGAUGCAAGUGUGGUGAAAAGGUCAACUGCGGUUGUCUAAAUGAAGAGAAGUGCGAGUGUGGAGACAAGUGCGAUUGCGGAAAGGAAGAUACCGCUAGUACUACCAUUGCAGGCAGCAGCAGUGCAGCAGCAGCUAAGGGGUGUGGUUGUAAAUCAGGUGGUGCCUGCAAAUGCGGUGCUAUUUGCAAAUGCAAGGUUUAG